GCCAGGGCAGUUAGUUAUUCUUGGCUUUAUAAUUCUUCUGAAUCUUUAAGGAUUAUUUUUCAUUUUUUCGAAAAUAUUUUUGUCAUUUUUUUAAAUAAAUUACCCAAAAUUACCAAAACAUUCCCCAAUUUUCCUCAAUUUUUAGAGCCAAAAAAAUCACAGAAAAAGACAAAAAACAAACUCAAAACGCCAAAAAUCACCAAGCAAAUGGUACUUGUAUUGUAAAUGGGGGUCUACACACUUCUCCAAGUAUGGCAAAUUUAAAUGAAAGGCAAAAUAUUGUUUUGUGGAAACGACCUUUUCGAACUAUGCAAUAUUUUAUGUUUGAGCUUCUUUCAAUUAUUUGGUCAUUCUUUAAAAGUCUUCUCUGCAUAAAACGACUUGUUCCAGCUAUUUUAUUGCCUUCAUUAAUUGCUUUUUUGUAUAUGGUGCCCGGUUAUCACACUCAAUUUGUACAUUUAUUUGAAAAAAAGAUGUUGUGGUGUCUAUAUUGGCUCGGUUUGGGUGUUCUUUCUUCUGGACCUCAUAUUGCUCGUGUGACUUUGGCUGCUUUUGAGUGCAAUUCUCUCGACUUUCCAGAACCGCCCUAUCCAGAAGAUGUAACUUGUCCAACUUCACAAGGAUCAGUGGUCUCGGCAAUUUCUCUUUGGGCAAUUAUUAGCAAGGUUCGAUUAGAAUCGCUAAUGUGGGGAGCAGGCACAGCAUUAGGCGAAUUGCCCCCUUAUUUUAUGGCUAGAGCUGCACGUCUUUCGGGUGAACAACCAACAGAUGAUGAAGAUUAUAAAGAAUUUCUUUCUAUUGUGGAAGAGGGUGAUUCUAACAAAAACAUGUCAUUAAUGAACAAAACAAAGCUUUGGAUGGAGCGGGUAGUUACUAGAGUUGGCUUUCCUGGAAUUUUGUUAUUUGCAUCUAUUCCAAAUCCUUUCUUUGAUUUGGCUGGAAUUACUUGUGGACAUUUUCUCAUUCCUUUUUGGACAUUUUUUGGUGCAACGCUUAUUGGGAAAGCUUUGGUUAAAAUGCAUGUACAGAUGCUUUUUGUUGUUCUAACAUUCUCAGAACACCAUGUUGAACAUUUAGUUAGCCAAUUGAAAAAUAUUCCACAUAUUGGCGCUUUUAUCCACACUCCAUUGAGGGAAUUUCUUUUGGCACAAAAAUUGAGAUUACACAGAAAACCUGGGGAUCCAAUUCCUAUCCAAGCUUCGAGUUUAUUACAACAAGUUAUGUCCUAUAUUGUCUCUGCAAUGAUUCUUUGGUUUAUCCUUUCUUUGGUCAAUUCAUUAGCACAACGUUAUCAUAAAAGACUUUUCGAUUCUGACAAAAAGUUUGCACAACAAACCAAAAAAAUUAAAUAG